UUAGGCGCCAGAUAUUAUCUAUAUUUUAAUGAGAGGCAAAAAUUUUGUUUAACUCCGACGGAGAGGCAAGAAUCUCGACUCUCCAAAUUCCACGAAGGCCGUCGGACGGCCAAUUGCCACACUGCACAUGGUGGCGACGUUUGCCCCUUUUUGCUCGAACUUUACCCUAAAACUCGGCCGUUCUAACCGCCCUCUGAUCCUCACAGCGUUAUGCAAAAAUCAGAGAAGCGCAAAGUUGAAAUGUUUCGGUGUUGCGAGGCCUCAGAUUCUGCCGUCUGCAUUCGGAGAAGUCGAUGGCCUGCGAGUCUUUGUGCUCUCCGAUCUACAUACGGAUUACGAGGAAAAUAUGAACUGGAUUGACUCCUUGUCAUCGGUCAAAUAUAGAGACGAUGUUCUUCUUGUCGCCGGAGAUGUAGCCGAGACCAUAAGUAAUUUUGUUUCAACAAUGGCUUUGUUGAAGGAUAGAUUCGAGCGCGUCUUCUUUGUGCCUGGGAAUCACGAUUUGUGGUGCCGUCAGGAGGGAGACAAUUAUCUCGAUUCUCUUGACAAGAUGAGUAAACUUCUUGAUGCGUGUAGAGGUCUUGGAGUUGAUACCAAUCCGGCAAUUUUGAACGGAUUGGGAAUCAUUCCGUUGCUCUCUUGGUAUCAUGAGAGCUUUGACAGAGAAGUGGACAUACAGGAUAUCCGCAUUCCAUCUCUGGAGAUGGUGUGUAAAGACUUCCAUGCAUGCAAAUGGCCUGGAGAUUUUUCAAAUGAAGGUACUUCACUAGCAUCAUUCUUUGAUGCAAUGAAUGAAAAGAAUCACAUAAUGGUUGAGAAGAUCAAGAGAACCUGCAGUCAGAUAAUUACAUUUUCUCACUUUGUUCCCAGACUAGAGCUAUGCCCAGAAAAGAGGAUGCUAUUCUAUCCAAAACUUCCUAAAAUCAUUGGCUCAGAUUAUCUCGAGAAUCGUAUAAGGUCGAUACACGGGAGUAAAGAAACAAUAUCAGCAUGUCAUGUGUUUGGUCAUACCCAUUUCUGCUGGGAUCAUGUACUAGAUGGCAUCAGAUAUGUCCAGGCACCAUUGGCUUAUCCCAUAGAACGCAAGAGAAGGAUGAAUGGUGGUGAAAAUUGGCUUCCUUUUUGCAUUUAUUCCAACGGAAGGUUCGCUCAUAAACUCACCCCUUGUUACUGGUCCGAUCAUUAUGCCGCCAAUCCAAGAUCACCCCACGACACUCAACUUGCUCCUUGGGUUGCCAAAUUCUAUAAAAGAAAAUGAAACAACAAUACAGGAAAUAAAAUAGGCAGAUAAGUACGAGGACGAAAAGGAUAAGGAUUAAGGGCAAGAUUUUGAACCUUAUGGUAUCUCCAUACCACGAUCUUACUCCUGUCUGUCUUUUCCCCCUUUUUGUGUCUUUAUUUUGAAAUUUAUUGAAUAUUCUGUUUGAAUAUGUUAACAGGGGUCUUGUUUCCCGAACAGGCAAUCCUGUCUGAUUAAAAAAAUUCAUUUGUUCCUAAUUACCAUUUGAAAUAGUCCAUUACUUCUUGAAGUAUUAGGGAAGAGAAAAAAGAUGGAGCAACUCCCCAAGGGGGAUUAUCAAAUGAAACAGGAAAAAAGAGAUCUUUUAUUUUUUUUAAUUAAAAAAAACCAUCCCCUAAAAAUUUAGGUAAAGAAAAAAAGAUGUAAGCUGUAUUACUUUUAUUACCUUCAUGAACAUAAACACCACAAAUAAACCCCAAACGGAGACAACAAACAACCCUCAGCCAACAAAGGCAUCCAGUCUUUUUCAAAGAAGAAAAAAAAAACCCCACAGAAUAGAGCAUAAAAACAGUCUCACAUCCAAAACACACAUUCGAAUCUGUUUUUACAAAUUUAUAAAAAAAAAAAAAAAAAA